ACGGUCAUUUUUGUGCUGUACUCACUACUAGCUUUGUUUGCUGUUAUUUUAACUAAAUAUAUCUACGGUGUCCCACUAAAACAGAUUUAUUUGAUAUUUUACGCUUUCUAAAAGUGUGAAAAACGCUAAACUACUCAUACGCACCUCUGUAAAAGGAAAGCGUCACAAGGGUUAAAAAAAAUACAACACCUGUGUCUUUAUGGGAUUUGUAGUCUGCUUUGGUGGCCAUUACAAUGACUAAACAUGUAGGAAACUCACCGAAAGAACUACAACCAACCUCUCGUGUGAUAUCAACGGACCGCUCUCAACACCGCCCUCCCCGGCUCUCGGUUUUGUCGGGCAGAAAACUUCCUGAAUGAGACAUAAACCACAAGAAGAAAGAGAGGGUCCUUGUUUGCUCCCAUUCUGUCAAUCUUCCGUGAGUGAUUGAAUGCGGUGAAACUGGCAAAAGUGGACCGGGACACACACAAAAGCCCACUGAUUGGUCAAAGAUGACCAUGGAAGACAUGAAGAAUGAAGCCGACAACGUCUCACCAGUCUCUAUGGCUCUCUACAGUGUGAUGUAUCCUGUCUUUAACCAGCUGGAGACAAUCAACUCUUCCGCAGCGCAGACCUUGAGAGCAGCGUUCAUCAAGGCAGAGAAGGAGAACCCGGGCCUCACCCAGGAUAUUGUUUUGAAAAUAGUGGAGAAGAAGAACUUAAAAGUCGAUUUUAAUGAGGCUCUACUUCGCAUGGCUGAAGACGACGUGGAAGAGUUCUUGAUUGACAGGGAGGAGCCAGAGUUCCAGGAGCUGAACGAGAGGGCCCGAGCUCUGAAACACAUCCUCAGCACCAUACCAGAUGAGAUCAAUGAUAGAGUAGGCUUCCUACAGACCAUCAAAGACAUUGCCAGUGCCAUCAAGGAGCUGCUAGACACAGUUAAUACUGUCUUCAGGAAAUACCAGUAUCAGAAUAGACGGGCACUGGAAAAGCAGAAGAAAGAGUUUGUGAAAUACUCCAAGAGCUUCAGCGACGCUCUCAAAACCUACUUCAAAGAUGGAAAAGUGAUAAACGUGUUUGUCAGUGCCAACCGGCUCACCCACCAAACCAACAUGAUCCUGCAGGCCUUCAAGACCAUGGUGUAGCAGCCUGAGAAGACAAACACACACAGACAUUUUUAUUAGAGUGAAGGUGAUAUGUGGCUUUGUAAUUUGUAAUUUUCUUAUUUUUGGCUGUAUAAUUUAUAAUUCUGUGGCUUUGAGGAGAGAUCAGGUAGUUUGAAGUUCAAAGCAAAUCAGGUUGACAGCAAUUGCCAGGGAUUUUUAACUCUGUUUUAUGUUGUUCUUUUAUCAGAUUCUUAAGUCGAUAUUUCUUCAUUCCUUGAUAUAUUUCUCUCUCUGUUUAGGACAGUGUAGUCCUGAAAAAGUUUAGGAAAAAUGUGAUUAUUUCCUGUGUACUUUUUAAAAGUUUGUGAUUGCACAAGUCUAAAAAAGUAUUAAGAAGUAACAUUUAGUUUCCAAAUACAUUCCCACAUUUUUGCACUCUUGUUUUAAUGUCAUUUUUUUAUUAUUGUAAGUCAUAAUCUUUACUAUUUAGUGGUAUCACAUAUACCCUGACACUAUCGGCAUGCAUCACAUUCAACUUAAAUGUUCAAAUCCUGUCAAGGUCUGGAGAAACGCUGGGGAAUUUGAAAUGGAGCCGGUGUUCUCUGUCUGCUGUCUUUGUCCUGUACUGUUGUAAAAUGUACUGCUUCACCCAGUGCAUCAUAAACCCUCACCGUCCAGGUGACCAGUAACUCA